CCGGCCCUGAAAGUCAGGACAAGAAGAUUCUCCAAAUUCCCGAACCCACACGUACGAAGAGCAACCGAAACACCUACGAAAGGCAGCAAAGUGGUCUGGACGGGGGAAAUUACUGCCAGCGGAAGUCAUGUGACACAGCUCCGCCCGAAUUCCCUAUCUCGGCAGUCGACUAUUCAGUCUUGCAGGCGCCUCUGGCGGGCUCCGCUGAGAUCCACUCUUUCGGCGCUCGACUCGCCCGUGCUGCUGCGGCGGCCGAAGGAGGGGCAAAGCUCAAGAUGGCGGACAAAACGCCAGGCGGAUCUCAGAAGGCCAGUUCGAAGACCAGAUCAUCAGAUGUUCAUUCAUCUGGAUCUUCAGAUGCACAUAUGGAUGCAUCUGGACCCUCAGAUAGUGACAUGCCAAGUCGGACACGACCUAAGAGCCCAAGAAAACAUAAUUAUAGGAAUGAGAGUGCCCGUGAAAGCCUUUGUGAUUCUCCUCAUCAGAAUCUCUCAAGACCUCUUCUAGAAAACAAACUUAAAGCAUUCAGUAUUGGAAAAAUGAGCACAGCUAAGCGAACUUUAAGUAAGAAGGAGCAAGAAGAACUAAAGAAAAAGGAAGAUGAAAAGGCAGCUGCUGAGAUUUAUGAGGAAUUUCUUGCUGCUUUUGAAGGAAGUGAUGGUAAUAAAGUGAAGACAUUUGUGCGUGGAGGUGUUGUUAAUGCAGCUAAAGAAGAACAUGAAACAGAUGAAAAAAGAGGUAAAAUUUAUAAGCCGUCUUCAAGAUUUGCAGAUCAAAAAAAUCCUCCAAAUCAGUCAUCCAAUGAAAGACCACCAUCUCUUCUUGUGAUAGAAACCAAAAAACCUCCACUGAAGAAAGGGGAGAAAGAAAAGAAAAAAAGCAAUUUGGAACUCUUCAAAGAAGAAUUGAAACAAAUUCAGGAAGAGCGUGAUGAGAGACAUAAAACAAAAGGCAGGUUAAGCCGAUUUGAGCCACCUCAGUCAGAUUCUGAUGGUCAGCGUCGUUCCAUGGAUGCGCCUUCAAGAAGAAAUAGAUCAUCUGGUGUUCUUGACGAUUAUGCACCUGGCUCACAUGAUGUGGGAGAUCCAAGCACUACUAAUUUAUAUCUUGGAAACAUUAAUCCACAGAUGAAUGAAGAAAUGCUUUGUCAGGAAUUUGGAAGAUUUGGACCGUUAGCCAGUGUGAAAAUUAUGUGGCCUAGAACUGAUGAAGAAAGAGCAAGAGAGAGAAAUUGUGGCUUUGUGGCCUUUAUGAAUAGAAGAGAUGCUGAAAGAGCUUUAAAAAAUUUAAAUGGAAAGAUGAUUAUGUCUUUUGAAAUGAAGUUAGGUUGGGGUAAAGCUGUGCCUAUUCCUCCACAUCCAAUAUACAUUCCGCCUUCUAUGAUGGAACAUACGCUUCCCCCACCUCCAUCAGGACUGCCUUUUAAUGCGCAGCCUAGAGAGAGGUUAAAAAACCCCAAUGCUCCAAUGUUACCGCCACCUAAAAACAAGGAGGAUUUUGAGAAGACUCUGUCGCAAGCCAUAGUCAAAGUGGUUAUCCCAACAGAAAGGAAUUUGCUCGCCCUGAUACAUCGAAUGAUAGAGUUUGUUGUACGUGAAGGGCCAAUGUUUGAAGCUAUGAUUAUGAACAGAGAAAUCAACAAUCCUAUGUUCAGGUUCUUAUUUGAAAACCAGACACCGGCCCAUGUUUACUAUAGGUGGAAGCUUUAUUCUAUUCUGCAGGGAGAUUCUCCGACUAAGUGGCGGACAGAAGAUUUUCGUAUGUUCAAAAAUGGAUCUUUUUGGAGGCCACCACCGUUAAAUCCAUACCUGCAUGGGAUGUCAGAAGAGCAAGAAACAGAAGCUUUUGUAGAGGAGCCUAGUAAAAAGGGAGCACUUAAGGAAGAACAGAGGGACAAGUUAGAAGAAAUCCUGAGGGGGUUAACUCCAAGGAAAAAUGAUAUUGGAGAUGCAAUGGUUUUCUGUCUUAAUAAUGCUGAAGCUGCUGAAGAAAUAGUGGAUUGCAUUACUGAGUCACUGUCCAUCUUAAAGACACCCCUCCCCAAAAAGAUUGCCAGAUUAUAUUUGGUUUCUGAUGUUUUGUAUAACUCUUCAGCCAAAGUUGCCAAUGCUUCAUAUUAUAGAAAAUUUUUUGAAACAAAGUUAUGUCAGAUAUUUUCAGACCUCAAUGCUACCUAUCGUACAAUUCAAGGCCAUUUACAGUCUGAAAACUUUAAGCAACGGGUAAUGACCUGCUUCAGAGCAUGGGAGGAUUGGGCAAUUUAUCCAGAACCAUUUUUGAUCAAACUACAAAAUAUUUUCUUAGGACUUGUAAAUAUUAUUGAAGAAAAGGAAACAGAGGAUGUACCAGAUGACCUCGAUGGUGCCCCCAUUGAGGAAGAGCUUGAUGGUGCACCUCUAGAAGAUGUGGAUGGGAUUCCUAUUGAUGCCACUCCCAUUGAUGAUCUUGAUGGGGUCCCUAUAAAGAGUCUUGAUGAUGAUCUUGAUGGAGUGCCUUUGGAUGCAACUGAGGACUCAAAGAAGAAUGAGCCCAUAUUUAAAGUUGCCCCAUCAAAGUGGGAAGCUGUAGAUGAAUCUGAAUUGGAAGCACAGGCUGUAACAACUUCUAAAUGGGAGUUAUUUGACCAGCAUGAAGAAUCAGAAGAAGAAGAAAAUCAAAAUCAAGAAGAAGAAAGUGAAGAUGAAGAAGAUACUCAAAGUUCCAAAUCAGAAGAACAUCAUUUGUACUCUAAUCCAAUCAAAGAAGAAAUGACUGAGUCCAAGUUCUCUAAGUACUCUGAAAUGAGUGAGGAAAAACGAGCUAAACUUCGUGAAAUUGAGCUCAAAGUUAUGAAGUUUCAGGAUGAAUUGGAAUCUGGAAAAAGACCUAAAAAACCAGGCCAGAGCUUUCAGGAGCAAGUAGAGCACUACAGAGAUAAACUUCUUCAACGAGAGAAAGAGAAAGAAUUAGAAAGAGAACGAGAAAGAGAUAAAAAGGAUAAGGAAAAAUUGGAAUCUCGAUCCAAAGACAAGAAGGAAAAAGAUGAAUGUACUCCAACAAGGAAAGAAAGGAAGAGGCGACACAGCACAUCCCCUAGCCCAUCUCGCAGUAGCAGUGGUAGACGAGUGAAAUCCCCUUCACCCAAAUCGGAGCGAUCAGAGCGUUCAGAAAGAUCUCAUAAAGAGAGCUCACGAUCCAGGUCUUCUCACAAAGAUUCUCCUAGAGAUGUUAGCAAAAAGGCCAAAAGAUCACCAUCUGGUUCGAGGACACCUAAAAGGUCUAGGCGAUCACGGUCUAGAUCCCCUAAAAAGUCAGGGAAGAAAUCCAGAUCCCAGUCCCGAUCUCCGCACAGGUCUCAUAAAAAGUCAAAGAAAAACAAACACUGACAUAAAUUUUUAAGAUGCUGUCACUUAUUGGAAAUGCAAUUUUGUUUUGUGCCUGAAUGGUCUGUUUUUGUUUUUUUUUUAAAAACCAACAAAAAAUCAAAUGAAAGAGCAUUCCUGGAUUUUUUGUUUGUUUGUGAAUGCAUGUGUAAACUCAUGAGUAACUGCAUCUGUAGACCUGUCAUUGUUUUAUAUUGUAUAAAUUACUUUCGUUGUGGCUGUUUCUCAAGAUGAGAUUUUUAUUGUGCUAAUGAAUUUCAUCAGAAAUGUGUAUAAUGGAUCUGCUGGCAGUAGUAGUAUUUUGUUUUAGGAUUGUGACUUAGCAAAAAUAAUACAGAUGUCUUCCCCCCUUUUGUAGCUUUGACAAUUUGGAUUAGAUUUCAAAUAAAAUAUGAACAGAAAACUAUAAUGUUGUUUUUUUGCCCUAUUGGUGACAUCAAGUCCCUUAAAGUCCUACUAAGUGAGUUUAGCACUUCUGUUUGUUUCUUAUACUUAAUGCACUUUAUAAGCUCCAUUGUUCAAGUAGCUAAAGUUUUAUAUUUACUAAGAUGACUAUCCAAAUUAAGGGACCUGAGACUCCUAUUUGGUAGGUUUGCCAACCAACUUCUUCGAUGAGGUUAUCUUGGGUAAUACUACUACCCAGAGAUCAAAAGACUAGGGAACGGUGGCAUGGUCUUUUUUGUUAACGGAAUGCCUGGCUAAAAUAUUUUAUCUUUUAUCAAAGAAGCAAUAUGAUUUCAGUGUACUCAUCCUAUGUCCUGAGCAAUUACUUAUUUUUAGGGAAAAAUUAAAUCUCCAUCUUUCGAUUUCAUCUUCGAUCAUGAAAGAAGUUUAUUUAUAAAAUAAAUUUUCUAACAAGAGUUGGCCAUAGAAGUUUUUUGUAUGAUAAUUGCCCUUUUAUAGCACUCUGUAGGUUAUCUUUCAAACACUGGUAUCAGUAUAUUUCUACAAAGUUCUGUUUAAAGCACCUUAGUGUUUUGUGUUUUUUGGUUUUUUUUUUUAAGAAGUGAGUUUUAGGUUUAGCUUUAAGUAAAGCUUAAAAGUAAAAUAGUUUUCAGGAACUUAACAUCUAGUGGUUUGUAAAUUCAAGGUGCAAAAAGUUGAUUUAAACAAUUUGCAGAGUUAAAAUCUGUUAUACAAUGGGAGUAAAAUUGCUGCAGUAUGAGGAAGAAAUAAGAAAACUUGUAUAAUGUUGAUCAUAAUAUUGCUAUCAAUAUAAUGUAAUAAAGGGUUAUGUAGACUUGAACUGA